ACUUGGCCAGGGUCUUAGCUAGGUGGAGGGCUGUCUAGCGUAUUUUAUGGUUUGUCUAACGUAAUCUUAUGAUUUCUGCCAUUAUAUUACCACAGAUAAGAGGUCCUUUUGAAUACCACACCAUAUAAAGCCAUAAAGAUAACGUUAACCGGGCGCACUGCUGGUCAGCAUGCUUCUGUUAGCAGACUAGCCGGUUAGUUAACGGCUGUAGGCAAGGGGGGAAGCAUAGCUAGCUUAGCAACGCUGAGAAACAAAAGAGCGGUGUAAGAAGCUCUCUGAGUUUAAACCAGCAGGCGCCGAGAAUAACGUUAACGAACUGACUGCGUGUUUAUAAGCUAGCGGUAACACCGCCUGCUCGAAGAGUCUGACAAGAAACGUUAAGCGAUGAUUUUGAUGUCAGCUGAGUAACCUGGUAAAGUACCAGUUAACAAUGCUGACAAGCAAAAGCCAUUUACUUAGGCUCGCUCAUGAUUACUACCUCCCACAUAUUUCAGCUGUUUAGCAGGAGCAUGUCCUUCAUUUGGAUCACAAGCUAUCAGUGCUGUCAGUGAUUUGAGCUGGAAAAUGUCUGAGUGGAAGCGCAUUUUUGAGGAAAAGCGGGUGAUCCCCCCUCACAGCCAGCACUCACGCCUAGCAUCGGGGCCAGCUCAGGCUUUUCGGCUGGUACUCAAACAGGUGGAUGGACUUCACGCAAAGCAGUCAGAAGAGGGGAAAGCAGGUGAGCAUCAGCUUCGCGUGACCCUGUUUGACUUGGAGUACCAGCACUUCUUUGGGAGGACAUGGCAAAGCGAGCCCCAUCGAGCCAAAUCCAGCAACCAGCCCACCAGAGUGCCUUUCAAUGAGGUCAUAUACUUUCACACUCCCCUGUGUUUGAGCUCAGUGGUGGCUGUGGUGGAGCUCGUCUCUCUGUCUUUCCAGAGUGCAGUGGGGGCAGGCUUCGGCCUCUUGCGACUCUUCUCCGAGCGGCCAGACUCCGGACCCCCUCAUGGGGAGGGCAGGUUGAAUCUAUUCCAUGGGACACCCCGAGCUCUGCUGCACCCAAUGCUGAGGGACCCCCUGCAGAUGAACGUGGUGUUAUCAGUGAUGGAGGGAACUCAGCUGCUGUAUUCUCUUCAGCCUCACUCUGCCCUCAGGCCCAUCAUGCACCUGCUCCCGCCCAACUUCCUGGUCUCUGGCCAUGACCUCAUCCCCGGGGUUGUACCACCCACAGACAACACAGACGCGCUGCGGAGGCCUCGACUGCUGCCGGAAUUCCCAUGUGUGUUGGACAGGGUGUGUGUGUCCCUCGCCCCUUCCAUGGAGGUCUUCGAGGCAAAUUUGCUGCAGAUGCUCAAUAAUGACAGGCUCAACAUGAAACUGGGCAUGGAGGUGCGGUCGGUGGUGGUGCAGGAACGCAGGCUGCAUGUGGGAGUCCAUAACGGCUGGGGCUGGGUAGAGAGGCCUCAGGUGCUGAUGCUAGAGCUGGGGGUCUUAGGGGCCAAGGGGAGCAGUGGCCUCAGACAGACUUCUACAGACAUACUCAGCCCCUCCACCGGUCCUGUACUGGUACUGCGUGAUGGUGUGGAGCUGAAGAUGAUGAGGCACCCGGCCUUCAGUGUGGUUUUCCAGCUGGAGUAUGUCUUCUGUGUGCCCCUGGCUGGAGAGGUGAAGAUGACCUCCACUGCCAUGCAGAGAGCUGUGUUUAUGCAGAGCGUGUGCUGGGGUGUGUGGAGUCCAUUCUCUGAUCCCAAUGGCUCUACUGUGCAUGUUUGUCUCAGCCUGCAGGGCGGCGCCCUACCCAACCCCUGUGGAGUAAUGGUUUGCACAGCACACAUAAAGCAGACCGAUUCAGAAAAGAGUGUCAUCAAGUUCAAGUUUUUAUCGAAUACGAAGGGUGCCGCUUCCAGCACGACGUUGAAAGCGAUCCCUCAGGAAACGCCUCAGCCUAGGAAGUUACACAGCACUUCCCAAGAUGAAAGCAAGCUUGCGAUGGAGUCUUCACCACUGUGCACGACCCGUGGCCCCGCACUCUCUCUCUCUCAGCUGGCUGCCACUUCACGCUACCCGACCAUGAGCCACACGGUGGGGUCGCCAUGGCAACAGCAGCUUCCUGCUCUGCUCGCUCCCUCCCCGAUGGCAUCGGCCCACCAGCUGUCACAUGUCGAACAUCCUGCCGCAGGCAGCAUAGCACACCUGGAAGUCAGUGCGAUGGAGAGAGAGGAAAUGAGGGAUGAGAAAGAAGAAGAGUGCAAUCUGCGUGAGCUGACCUUCACUCCUGUCCAUGCCCCCAUCAUUACCUUGGGAACUCACGCACCAGGCUCCAGCAGGACGAGCUCUCGUGGCUCUUUGGCUCAGCUCUUCUCCUCUCGCUUUCCUGAAAUCCGCGACGAGCUCGGCCAAGUGGCUGAAGUGCUGGAUCCAGCCGAGCCAGUGAACUUUGAUCCCCAGAGAGAAGAGGCAGACCCACUGCAGGCCAACACGCUUAUCCUUCAGUUUCUGGCUUUUACCAGGGUCCCCCAGGCAGGUGUGCCUGUGAAUUGGCCGAGCUCCGUCCAUUUCACCUUUCAGCUGUACCGCUUCCCUCCUGUCACCACCCAGCGCCUCCAGCUGCUGGAGCCCGAGCCCAAGCCCCUACCUGAUUACCCCUGUGUCCUCACGCUUAUCAACAAGGACGGCACGCUGAGCUCAGGAUGUCCUGGCCUGCAGCUGCAGUACCGUGUGGACCCUGCGUUUCUGAAGCCGGGAGAGCGAGUGUGGUUCCUGCGCUACCUGGCACUCCACUCACUGCAGAUAGACGUGUGGGACAGCGACUCGCUGCUGCUCAUCGGCUCUGCCGCUGUAGAACUGAAGCAUAUGUUGCGGCAGGGGCGAUCCGCUAUCCAGGUGAGUCACGAGCUGGAGGUCAUUACCACAGAGUACCUGCAGGAUGCCAGUCUGGUCAGUGAGCAUGCAGGCAGACACAGGGCCAUUCCAGCCAUCAACGUGUACACCACCGUCAAAGGCAGGCUGCACAUACGACUCGGCAACGUUGGUGGUACAGUGCAGAAAAGCCUGAAGUCCUCUGCUCUCCUCCCUCCAUCAUGCUCACACAUCGUCCAGCCUAGCCAAGCUCCUUCAGGUUUCAGAGGAGGCAGCCUGUCUUCCAACACAGUCCACACUCUCAACGCACAGAAUGUGAGGCGGGCCCAGCGUUUGCCGGAGAUUGACAGCGAGCUGGCCAGUCUCUUGCAUAGUCGUAUGAGAGAAGUGGGCGGGGCAUUGCUGCAGGGACAGAGCGAGACGGAAGAAGCGCGCCAGCGGAAGAUUGACAGGAUGGCAGCUGUGCGUCAGCACGAGGAGAGCAGCACACCCAACCUGCAAGAGACAAGCAGCUCCAUGAGGAGAAAGGAGGACCGUGUGCAGCACUCUCAGGACUUGCGUUUGAUUGAGGCGUAUCGAAAGCGCUGUAAAGCAGAGGGCAUCACUAACAUGCUGAGCAAGGCCAUCACCACCACACACACACUCUAUGCCACACUGGGUACUGCUGAGUUCUUCGAGUUUGUGCUCAAGAACCCUUUCAACGUUCCUCAGACAGUCACUAUUGAGUGUGACGACCCGGAGCUCAGUGUCAUAGUGAAGGCUGAGGAAUGGAGGUAUUUUAAGGAUUUGACGAAGACCUCCACUCCGUUGGAGGCGGAGAUGUUUCACCUGAAGGACAGUGGCCCGACUCCUCAGGUGUACCUGCGGCCCAAAGAGAGCGUCUACAUCCCACUCAAGUACCAGACCUUCCUCUCCGGCCAUGCGCUGCCCUCCCAGGACAGGAGCAGGUUAAAGAAUGCAAAUAGUCUACAGUUUAUUCACAGACAGCAGUCCAACACAGUACUGGCCAAGUCCAUUAAGGUGUUUUUCCGAGCAGAAGACGGUCAGCCUCUGGCUAUCUGCCAGGUGAAUGUGGAGCCCUCUCCACACGUGGUGGACCAGACCUUCCGCUUCUACCAUCCUGAACUCACCUUCCUUAAGAAAGCCAUCCGGCUGCCGCCCGCCACAGACAGCUUACCAGAUGGUAGUGCCAGCCUCCAGGUGCGCUGCAGCGACCCCGGAGUCAUCUGCCAUGCUGCCGCCAUGGCUCCAGGAGAACCUCAGGACAUUUAUCUGAAAGUGCCGGGGGCUGCCAACCCACAGAUCAAGAAAUUCUUCAUCACUGUGUUCACUGACCCCUGGUUGGCCUCCCCUGCUCAGACCUGGCAGGUGUACGUGCAUUACCUGCAGAGGAUGGAUGUGCUUUGUGUGUGCGGCACGCUUAGCUGGCACUCGCUGAUCCUGCGCGGCACACAGGUCAUUCGCAAGGUCAAGUGCUACACCUCGCACCCUCUGGAGCUUGAGGUGGAUCCGGGGGAGGUGUUUGCUCUUCCUGCUCAGGGGCUGCAGGAUAUUCGGCUGGGAGUGAGGGCUCUGCGCUCUGGGAGCAGUUUCCGCUACCUUAACGUGGUGGAUGUGGACACAAGGCAGCUAGUCGCAGCCUGGCUCCUGUGCAUCACUUGCAAGCAGCCGCUUAUAUCCCGGGCGUUUGAGAUCCAAGUGCCGGUGAGAGGAGGGAGGGGCAGCAAUAAGAAGAUCAGCUUCACCAAUCCUUACCCCUCCAGCAGGGGAUUCAAACUGUACUCUGACCACCCAGACCUACUACAGUUCAAAGAGGAACACUUUCAGAUCGCGGGAGGGGAGAGCUACAGCAUCGGCCUGCGUUUCGCUCCAAGUCAGAGUCCUGGGUCAGAGGAAAUCCUCAUCUUCAUCAAUGAUCUGGAGGACAAGAACGAGGAGACAUACUGUGUCAAAGUCAUCUACAGAUAACCCAAGCAAACUGAACCAUGAAACCCUGCUGCAUCAACAUCUUGUAUAGAUAACCUUCCCUAGAAAAUAAUCAAUUUUUUUAAAAGAAAAGUGCAAAUGAAUGCAAAUGACAUCUUUUUGAUCAUCACAGUGCAGGUAAACUUCUGAUAUUUAGCACAGCCAUAAGUAUUUGUUUCACCAGAGUUUGGUGCAGAUAAACGACGCCAACACUUUCCAUGGCUCAUCAAGUUAAGCAGAACUGUGAUUUCUAAAUUACACAUGGACUGAAACCCUGUGCCUUUGAGAUCUGUCCAGAUGCAGUGAAGAUGACAAAUUAGCUAGCCAAACAUUUUGAUGAUAAAGAAGGCCCAGUGAUAUCUACCCUUCUAUCUAAAAGUAGGCCUAGAUAUAUAUCUGGCCUUGUAUCUUACAUCCUCUCCCUUUCAAAAAUCUUUAAAUCUACAGCUGAGGGAACAUUUCUCUCCAUGAGUUUUAUGUGCUGUUCAGACCUUCUGGCUUUCUGUAGCUCUACAGCCUCACACAUUUCUCCAUUGAGUUCAGGGCAUUCUCCCUAUAGACAUCAGCAGCUUUCUGUGGAGACUGUUUCUAUUAAGAGCUUCUUCUAUAGACAAAGGAUUUUUCAUCAUAGAUCAGUGACUUUAUUGAAAUGAGUCUUUUUUCCUUGUUCCUCAGUGGCUUAGAGCUUCUUCCUAUAGAGACCAAGAGCUUCUUCUAUGAAGAUCAAACGAGAUAUAUGAGUCUUAGUAUGUAGAGUUGAAGUAUUUUUUUCCACACUGUAUCAAGGGCUUCCUAUAGAGACCACAUGUUUUACAGAUGGUGAUCAAAGAAGAAUUUUUCCCUACAGAUAAAGUAGUUUCUAUAGGGAUCUGUGACUUUUCCCUUAAGAACUUGAGGGCUUUCUGUACAGAUCAGAGUAAGUCACAGUGCUCUUUCUGUUUAGUGUGUGAAAUCUCCUGCAGUGGGUUGCUAUCUCCAGAGCAGUUUCCUAUUGCGAUGGAGCAGUUCCUCUAUGGAGAUUGAGGGUUUUACUUGUAGAGAUGGAGGGCCCUCUCUAUAGGGAGCAGGGCCUUUCUCAGCUCUGUAGCGGCAGAUGCAGAACACUUUAUGCUUGUUUAUCACUGAGCUUAACCUCCUGCGGUUAGUUGUUAUCACCAGAGCUCAGCAGGGACACUCUUCUCCCAAUGCUUCUGCUCCAGCAUACUACUAUACACUCAUCGGGGCCUGCUGCCAUGUGCCAUGUAGGGAGAUCUCAUGGUGUGUCUUCAAUAGCGGCGCUCUGCAGUCAGAAAUUGCUCCUGAACGACCGGAAAGGUGCUUUGCUAAAGCCAUUAAUAUGAGUAGAUCGGCUGAAUCUGAGGAUAUUGACCCACCCAUGCUCCACCCACAAAUGUGUUCUUCUGUAGCAACUGUUGCCAGGUUGGACAAGCUUUACAGAAUGUCUCAUUCAGCCUAAUGAGACACUUAGUUUCCCUACAUAUCAUUGAGUUUCCAGUUUAAAAUGUUGUAGCAAGCAAAACAACAUUUAUUGCCUUCAUUUGCCAUAACAUUAGCUUAAUUAUUGAACAAGAAACUACCUAAUGACAUCUCACACAUGCAAUAUGAAUAUAAUUUAAAAUAAUUACAAACUUCAAAUUUGGAUAUUUUGCCAAAAAAAACAGAUGUACAAUACAAUUUCUCAUUAUGCUGAAUUGCAUUUUUACCAAUGGUGAAGUGUCUAAACUGGCAACAGUUGCUUGAAAGCAUCUCACAUAUUUACAGUUCCAAAAUACAGCUGCAAAAGAUGAUUUGGCUCAUUCUCAAUUUCUGCUCAAUUCACGAUGGUUGCAAACGUUUACAGUUUUACAGGAAUUUUUUUCCUGAAUGUUUUUUACAGGGGUAUUUCACUAUUUUUAAAAAAUGUCUGCAUAAUUUAAUGGUAAAUAAAGUAAUUCUGAAUGA